UACGAUGAAUAUAAACAAUUUUCCGGCAGAAGUGCUGGAAGUGAUCUUCUUCCAUCUUCCAUUGAAAGAUCGCAAAAAUGCGUCGAUGGUAUGUCGCACCUGGGCCCAGUUGGCUUUCUCGAGGCCUUGUUUGGUAUCAACCGAGCUGACUAUGGAAAGUUCAAAUGUCGACGAUCUCUCUCCGCUGGAAAUCAGUAAACGAAAGUACCGUAAUGUCUGUUUUCGCUUCGACUGCAGCCACUUUGGUCUUAGCCAGCUUAAGAACGUUCAAAGUGUAUUGCUCAAGUUUAGAUUAACGAUUGAACGAAUUCGUUUCGUAUGGGAUACAAUGGAUGUUCCUUUCAAUAUAAAAUUACUGUUGCAAAUAUUAGGACCGAUUCCCAUGCUAAAGGAGCUUGUUGUGGAAGAUUAUAUCUGCCAGUACGAUGAACAAGAGGUAGAUACAACGCUCGAAAUCCAAACCUUCAAUAACCUAGAAAAGCUGACCAUUCCUAAUUGUCUGAUGGAUAACGUUCAGUUUGACUUCGUUAAAUUUGCACCUAAUGUGAAAACCGUCAAUAUUACAUCCAGCGGGAAGAAUCUAUGGGGUGCACUUCAAAUUCUUGGCGCCCAAAUUCAAAGCAUGUGCAUUAAAACCGAAACCAAGGGAAACUUCAAGGAUCUAUGGACGAUGGAGCCGUAUUCAUUGGAAAAGCUCCAUUUGCACCGAUUGUGUAGUGAUCUGAUGGAGCCUAGGGAUUUCCAGCUAAACGAUGCGAUACUAUUCUUCUCGCAAUGCAGAUCACUGACCGUUCUGGGACUAGAACUGCAAGUACCAAUCGACGUUAUUCAAAUGAUCGCCCAGACGUGUCCCAUGCUGAAGUCACUGCUGGUGUAUGAGAUUGAAGAGGGAUGGGCAAUGAUACAAAUUUUGCAACAAUUUGAUCAACUUAAUAGUCUUACGAUUCGAGUUGCCCAUUUUGAAGUGAAGCCUGACGUGGAAAAAUCGCAACUAGCUGCAUUAAGACACCUUACGCUUGAUGGAGUGGAGUUCGAAAAUCCUUUUGAUUUCUUCCAUCAUUUGGGUCAAUUUGCUCUCGGUUUGCGAGAAUUACAAUUCACACAGUAUGACGACAGCUGCAACGAAUCCUAUCAUUUGACUGUGUUGAAAUCGAUUAUGCAAGUCAAAUUGCCUCUACUGUCAAGGCUGGUAUUGGUUGACAACUCUAGCUACUUUCCCUCGCACGUAUUCAACCAAUUCAAUCUUCUUCCGAAUCUCAAAGAGCUAAGGUUGGCUUACUACGGGCUAUCAGCUUGGAAUCGGACAAUCACCGUGCCGGGUAUAGAAAAGUUAUCUCUGGAUAUUUAUCAGUUGACAACUUUUCAACUUCGUAAAUUGUUGAAGAUGUUCCCCUCGCUUGUCAGGCUGGAUGUGGUAGAGCCGGAGGACCCUCUCUGCUUCUGCAUCGAGAGCCUGCCAAGAACGUCUUUACUCUGUGAUUUCAACCUUCGAAAGCGGGGUUUCAACAUCUUGGAUUCAUGGAUAUUGGCCUAGAUGAGACAAUGAGGAUUCAACUUCAAUAAUGUGCUACAAAA